UUUGUCUGUGGUUUGCGUAUUCAUUUUCAAUAAAUAUGGCUGGUGGUGAAGUUGAGCUAGCUCAAAGUGCCGAGCCUGGCGGUGAUACUAUCUUCGGCAAGAUCUUGAGGAAAGAAAUACCUGCAAAAUUUGUCUAUGAAGACGAUCAGUGUGUUGCUUUUCGCGAUGUAAACCCUCAAGCGCCAACCCACAUACUGGUGAUUCCUCGGAAGCCAAUUCCGCAGCUGUCGAAGGCUGAAGACGCUGAUGAACAGCUCUUAGGACACUUGCUGACCGUGUCACGUAAAGUCGCCCAUCAGGAAGGACUAGAUAAGAGCGGUUUCCGUCUCGUGAUCAACGACGGGAAGUACGGAGCUCAGAGCGUGUACCACCUGCACAUUCACAUUCUCGGUGGCCGGCAAAUGAAAUGGCCGCCUGGUUAAUGUUAGUCUGAUUAAAUUUAAUUUUAUGACGGUGCGAAAAUAAAGUUUUUGUUAAUAAUUAGUUGUUU